AUCAGACGGCGGUUCUCAAAGCAAGCCGGUAAUUUCCAUGGAAACAGAGCUUACGACCAACAUCAUUACAGGUGAUUUUGAUCUUUAAAGGUGAGCUAUGUGUCCUUUUGGUUCUUGUCCUCUGUUUCUGAAUAGGAGCAAAACGUUGUAGUUGACUGGUCUUGCCUUCUCUUACUAAUAAGGUGUUUUAGAAAAAAAGCCUCAAAUGAGCAAUAUUAAGCUAGGAGUUGAAGUGAUUAGCGCACAGGGCCUGUUUCAGAGAGACAAACAUAACUCAUGUAGUCCUUUCGUGGAGCUCAAGUUCGACAACCAGAUAUUUCGCACGACGACCAAACCCAAUGACCCAAAUCCUGUCUGGCACGAGUGUUUUUACUUCUGUUUUUACUUCGUUGUCUCUGAUCCUUCCGUCUUGUCAAAUAGUACACUUGAAGCUCACGUCUACAGCUACCAGAAUGAAUUCGAUGCUAACCCCUUUCUUGGCAAAGUUCGAGUCAACGGAACAUCUUUUGUUCCUCACUCUGAAGCAGCUCCUUUCAAUUACCCUUUAGAGAAACGCAGUCUUUUCUCUCGAGCGCGUGGAGAACUUGGCUUGAGAGUUUUUAUCACAGACGAUCCUUCAGUUACACCUUCUGUCCCAACCCCGGUUCCAGAAUCUCCUCAAGCUUAUAGAUCAAGUCCGCGCAAAGAACCUGUGAAGUCCAUAAUCGCAGGUGACGCAAGUAUGGCUACUGAUGAGAGGAUAGAGCUAAAGCCUAAAUNAAUGGAGCAUGUUUCGUNUGAAGAGAUGAGAUUCCUCUACGUGAGAGUUGUGAAGGCCCGUGAUCUUCCCAACAGAGACCUUACAGGGAGCCUAGAUCCCUAUGUCGAAGUAAAAGUUGGAAACUUCAAAGGUGUUACCACGCAUUUCGACAAGAAUUCAGAUCCGGAGUGGAACCAAGUCUUUGCCUUCGCUAGAGAUAAUCUUCAGUCCAACUUUCUUGAAGUUGUAGUGAAGGAUAAAGACAUUGUCCUUGAUGACUUUGUUGGGAAAGUUAAAUUCGAUCUCAAUGAGGUUCGGUCUCGUGCUCCUCCGGAUAGUCCUUUAGCUCCCGAAUGGUACAGACUGGAGAACAAGAGAGGCGAGAAGAAGAAUUAUGAGAUAAUGCUUGCUGUGUGGGAGGGAACUCAGGCUGAUGAAGCUUUCGGGGAUGCGAUUUUCUCAGAUUCAUUGGUGUCUUCAGAUAGCUCGAAUAUUAUAUCCGCUAACCUCCGCUCAAAAGUGUACCAUUCGCCUCGGCUAUGGUACCUAAAGGUGAAAAUAAUAGAGGCUCAAGACGUCAUCAUCGCGUCUGACAAAUCCCGUCAUCCUGAGGCCUUUGUGAGAAUCAAAAUCGGUAAUCAGAUGUUAAGGACUAAAGUUUCUCAAAAAGGCAUUCAUCCGAAAUGGGGAGAUGAAUUCACGUUUGUAGUUGCAGAGCCGUUUGAGGAACCUAUGGUCAUCUCAGUAGAAGAUCAUGCUGCUCCUAACAAAGACGAGCCAGUAGGAAAAGCUGUGAUUCAUUUGUCUGACAUUGAGAAAUGUACAGAUGAUAGAGCCCAUGGUCCUCAUCAUGGCCGUUGGGUUCAUCUAGAAGACUCCAUCUCAGACGCUUUGGAUGCUGAUAGAGCCAAGAAAGUGAAAUUUGCUACUAGACUCCAUUAUAGGGCGGUUCUUGAUGGAGGCUACCACGUUUUUGAUGAGUCUAUGUAUUACAGCAGCGAUCUCAGACCAUCGGCGAAACAGCUCUGGAAACCAGCAAUAGGAGUCUUGGAGCUCGGGAUACUUAACGCAAAUGUGUUUCACUCGAUGAAAACUCGGGAUGGGAAAGGUACUUCGGACACAUACGUUGUUGCCAAAUACGGUCACAAAUGGGUUCGAACACGAACAGUAAUCAACAGCAUGACUCCAAAGUACAAUGAGCAAUACACAUGGGAGGUGUUUGAUCCUGCAACGGUUUUAACCAUCUGCGUCUUUGACAACGCUCAUUUCUCAGCUGGAAACAGUGGAAUCAACAGAGAUCAGCCUAUUGGGAAAGUACGUAUUAGAAUGUCGACUCUUCAGACGGGCCAUAUCUACACGCACGCUUACCCUUUACUUGUUCUACAACCUUCUGGUCUUAAGAAAAGAGGGGAGCUUCACUUAGCCGUGAAAUUUACCUGCACAUCGGUCUCCAGUAUGCUUUUGAAAUACACCAAGCCUCUCUUGCCUAGAUUGCAUUACAUACAACCGUUACCUGAAAACCAUCAGGAAAUGCUUAGGGGGGAGGCUCUCAAGAUAGUCGUGUCUCGUUUAGGGAGGUCUGAGCCACCGCUGAGACGGGAAGUGGUUGAGUAUAUGGCAGAUUCGAGAAGUCAUUUGUUCAGCAUGAGGCGAAGCAAAGCAAACUUCAAUAGGUUCACGAAGGUGUUCUCGGGUGUGAUCUCGGUAUGGAAAUGGAUGGAACAAGUGUGCACGUGGAGGACACCUGUGACGACGGCUCUGGUUCACGUGCUGUACACGAUGCUUGUAGUGUUUCCAGAGAUGAUAUUGCCGACUGUGUUUCUGUAUAUGGCUGUGAUUGGGUUGUGGAAUUACAGGUUUAAGCCCAGGUUUCCUCCUCAUAUGGACUCCAAACUAUCUCAUGCAGAGAGUGUGAAUGCUGAUGAGCUCGACGAAGAGUUUGAUACCUUCCCGACCAUGAGGGCUCCGGACAUUGUGAAAAUGAGGUACGACAGGCUGAGAAGUGUGGCCGGGAAGGUUCAGUCGGUGGCUGGAGACAUAGCAGCACAGGGAGAGAGAGUGCAGGCGCUGCUGAGCUGGCGUGAUCCACGCGCAACAGCUAUUUUCGUGACAUUCUGUUUCUUGAUUGCGAUGGUUCUCUACAUUACCCCUUUUAAACUUGUGGCUCUCCUCUCAGGCUACUACUUCAUGCGACACCCUAAGUUCCGGUACCGCAUCCCCUCCGCUCCCUUCAACUUUUUCCGACGACUUCCGGCCAUGUCCGACUCUAUGUUGUGAAUAAACAAACAACCAUGUAUAUCAGUUUAAGUCUAUAUAUAUCUUCAUCUUCGAA